AUGACCUCCAACUCACUAUACGGAAAUCCCCGUCAAAAACAAUCCUCAGCAUCAGACACACCUUCCUCCUCCACCCUCGCCUUCACCACCCACCUCUCCUCUCUAAUCUCCCAAGACACCUCCAAUACCCGCGGCCGCCCCCGGCCCUCGAAAGCCUCCAAAUCCGACAUCUUUACCAAGCACAACAAGGGCACCCAGAAACGCGCCGCGGCCGAUCUUGUCGACGAUGACACCGGUUCCAUGCGCCAGGUGCACCAGCGCACCGCGGACAUUGGCGCCGUGGACGCCGCCACGCUGCACCGUUCCAAGAGACGGAUGGAAGAGAAGGCGCGGAUGUAUGACGACUUGAAAAGCGGGGCGUAUCUGGCUGCGAGUAGUGAUGAUGAUGACGACGAUAUCGGACCUAGUCGGACACGUGGACAGCAGGAGGACUAUCUAUCUCGACUUCGUCGGAAGGAGAGAGAGGGAUUGGUGGAUUUCGAUAAGAAAUGGGCUGAUGCGGAGAGAAUGCGGACUGGGUCUUCGGAUGAGGAUAAUGAUGAAAAAGACGAUGACAACGCCUCCGUAGUCUCCUACGAAGACGAACUAGGUCGUACUCGCCGCGGUACCAGAAAGGAAGCCGCCGAAGCAGCCCGUAUCAAGCAGGAAGAAGGCGACACACGCAUCAACGCCGCAGAACGCUGGCGUCCCGCUCGUCCGGAUAACCUCAUCCACGGUGCCACUGUUCAGGCUCAGGCAUUUAACCCGUCUGCUCUCGCCGCACAACAGAUGUCUUACCUUGCUGCGCGCAGGGACCGGUCGCCCACCCCGCCGGGUGAGAUGCAUUAUAACCCAGACGCGGAGGUGCGCAACCGGGGUACAGGGUUCUAUGCUUUCUCCAAGGAUGAAGAGGUACGGCGAAAGCAGAUGGAGGAGCUGAUGAGUGCUCGGGAGGAGACACAGAGGGAGCGAGAUGCCCGGCAGGAGAGAAAGGCCGAACGAGAGCGAGUCAAGGAUGAGCGGCGAAAAAAGAUUGACGAGUUACGGACCAAAAGACGGGCAGAGACAUUCCUGGCUGGAUUGGGAGAUUUGGGGGCCUUGACUGCCAACAGGGUGGAGGCGGAUGCAUAA